AACAUUCCCGCCCGCCUCUCCCGCUGACCCCCGACCCCCGCGGGAGGGCGGGCGCUGGGCUGCCGAGAGUUGAGUAAGCAACUCUUGUCAUCUUAUAUGAAAACAACGUUCAGUGGAUCAUUUGCAGCCUCUUGCUACUGAAGCUGAAUAUAAAGUUAUACCAAUGCAGUGGUUGCAGCAGCAUACGGUGCUGUCUGAAAUGGCUGCUUUGAAACUGGUGGAAAAUAUGCUUUGGACAGGAGGGUUGAAAUCUCUCCUUCCCCAUGUGCUAAGAAGAAUCAUUAGAUGCAACAGACUCAGUAUUAGUAAUACUUCUGGAAUGGCAGAAGGCUAUAAACAGGCCAAUAUUGUGAUUUUGCACAAGUCCCUGGCUGAUGACUUUGAGAAGUUCUGUCAUGCAAACGAUGGACCCCUGCCACUGCUGUACAGAAGUCAACCAGGUGACUGGAAAUGUCCUUCCCUGAGAAGUGAUUCUGGUAUCAGACCUGACUGCCUACAGUACAGAAAAUAUGAGCAUGGAGCUUGUACUGGAUCACUGAAAAGCCUUAAGGAGUAUUCUGAACAACUCAAGGACAUGGUGACUUUUUAUUUAGGCUGCAGCUUCUCUUCUGAAAAAGCAAUCCUAAAAGCUGGCAUUCCUAUCAGAAACAUUGAGCAAAAAUGUAAUGCAAGCAUGUACAAAACAUCUGUGCCUUGCAACAGCAUUUCUAUGUUUCACUGCAACUUAGUAGUCACAAUGAGACCCAUUCCUGAAAGCAAGUUGGGAGCAGCUGUGCUAGCAACAUCUGGAUUAAAAGAAGCCCAUGGAGCACCAAUUCACAUAGGUGACCCUGGUCUGCUGGGAAUACAAGAUCUUUCUAAACCAGACUAUGGAGAUCCAGUUCACCUUCACCCUGGUGAUGUUCCAGUGUUUUGGGCCUCAGGAGUAACAGGAGUAGAAGCAAUUAUCAACAGCCGAGCUCCGUUGGCUUUUACCAAUUCUCCUGACUGCACGUUCAUUACCGACCUAGAGAAAGGAAAUGUCAGAUCCUCAGGAGAAGCCCCACAGGUCCACUGCAUCUCUCGAGAUCCUCUGCAUUUCAGCAUUGUGUCAGCAGAAGCAGCCCAAAAGAUAAAUACUCUAGAGACCCUAAUUGGAAUAGAUCCAGGCGAGCGGGGAAUCGGGCACCUGCGGCGGCCGGGAGAGCUGCUGGGGGCCUGCCUGGCCAUGUCCGCGGCGGGCUCGGUGCUGCUGAGCACGGGGUUCCCCACGCACUACAGCCAGCAGCCCCCCGAGGAGAACGACGGGCCCCCGGGGGCCCUCGCCAUCGCGGCCAUGCUGCAGGCCCUGCAGAAACGGGUUGCCAUAGUUACCGACCACAGAGCCAUGGAGCUGAAUAAAAAGAUUAUCGAAGAAGCUGUUCAGCUAGGAAUCCUGAAGAAGCCCAUCCCUCUACUGAGUUAUCAAAAGGAAAAUGCCAAUUCAGCUUUGAAGUUUUUGUGUGAGAAUGGGAAUCCUGGAAGACCUAGAUUUGAUCACCUGGUAGCAAUAGAGCGUGCUGGGAUGGCUGCUGAUGGCAAUUAUUACAAUGCCAGGAAAGUUAACAUUAAACAUCUCGUGGAUCCCAUAGAUGAACUAUUUUUAGCUGCACAAACCAUUCCAGGAAUCACAACAACAGUGCUGUGGACUCACUCCCAAGUAUUACCAAAAGCAUGGGAACUUUGGCUUCUCUGUUUUGCUGUUUUUCAAAUGUUUCCACAGGACUUAGAGAGCUUCUGCAGAGAUAAUGCAGAGUCUGAUUUCACUCUAUUGGUAUCGUUUAAAAGCUGUGUAGCAGAGGACUUCACUGAUACGUGUUAUUAUUGUAAAAUUUGCAAUACUUUGUAUUUAGAUUUAAUUCAGGGUUUUUUCCUCUUCAUAAGAUGUACCUUCCAACAUUCAAAAGGAAGCACUCUAGAUGGCACUGUCUUGGCAGUCUCAACAGAGGACAAAGAUUGACUGAAUAAGUAUUAUAAGUAUUACAUAGGAAAAGUUCUGUUUUGUAAAGAUGUCUAGCAAUUGCCUCAGAGCUUCAUCUGCUGCUGUUAGUUUCAACUCCUGUCCCUGAUUUUAGGUUGUUGAUAAAAGAAUUUGAUCUCUUCAGCUACUUACAUAACAUCACAACCUGAUUUCUUUAGUAAAAAUACCCUAAUCUCUUCAAAUAUCUCCCACAGCAGCUCAAAGUAUAUCAUUCAUUUACUGGAGUUUAGAAUGUUCUGCCAGCUGAGAAUUUGAAUCUGUUCAGCAGAAUGCAGUUUGUUUCAAAAAUUCUCUAAAUAUUCAAAUAUAUUAUGAAAUGUCAUUAAUAAAAAAUACCACAGGCUUAUGGAAAAGAAGAAAAGCAGUUAUUCAGAUUCACUAUGUCUCAGUGCUGUGAACUUUGUCUAAAGAGAUUUCUGCAUAGAAAAGGGUUUAACAAGUCAGAGGCUUUAAAGGACAAUGAAGGGAUCUGCUCUGUUCUCCCAUGGCAUUUGUGUAAGUGGAUAUUCUGCUCUGAAGAACUAUCUGGGUGUCUGUAAGAAAGCAAUGUAAUUUUUUCUUACAUUGUCUGUUAUCCAGUUAACAUUUCUUGUUUUGCUUAUCACAUUAGUUUUUUGUGUCUGUUGUUUUAAUUGGGUAACAAUUUCUUGGGUUGGAUGUUGGGUUUUUCAAUGUCUUUCUGCCAAGUGUAGUUUAACUUGGUCACUGUGGCCUUUGUGUUUUGUCUCCCAUUACUGAUAGCAAUGUGUUGCUACUGAUGAGGAUAAUUUUUUUUUCUGGUGGGGCUGUCUUCAACUUUCUUUGUGGUCAGUAGGAAUUUGGAGGCAUAUGACUAGUUCCAGAAUCAAUGCAAAUAUUGUACAGAAUUAGGGUGGAGCACUUGAAUAACCUUAUAGGCUAGAAUACCAGAAAGAUCAAGUUUUCAACCUACAGAAAUUCUUUUUAUAGCGUGCUCUGUGGCAAGAAGCACUGUGUCAGUAGGUGGAGAGGGGAAAUGUUAGAACAUUUGUUACAUGCUGAUUAAUUGCUGUCAAGUGUUGCAUUUAAAACAAGAUCUGUGUUUUUUUAAAAAAAAAUCUGAUCUGGUAGUUUGACCACAGACAAAGCAUGAGCAAUGCCUGAAUUGUAUGGGUCUGACAUCCUAAAAACUCAGGGAGUGAGGAGCAGCCUUGAGGAAUUCACAGAGUAAGAAGGCAUGAAAGGCUGAGUUUGGAAGGGACUCAUUUUCCACAUAAGUUUGAAAGAAAAGAUUAAGAAAUGUUACUGGAACCACAUAGUAUUUUUUUCAGCUGUCAUACAACUGACAUAGCUAUAUGCUAUUUAUAUAGGAGCUAACUAAAAGCCUUCCAAAGUACUU